GAUAAGGCGCAUGCGCAUUCCUUUUGGCAAUCGUUUUUAUUUAUUUUUUACAGCUUGUUCCACUCUACACAGGAAAUGUCAUCUUUGUGUGACACCAACAAUGAUGACCAAGUUACAGGCCGAGGCUCAGCAAAAGAACAGGACAAGGAGCAUCCAUGUGUACUCAUUCCUGAACUCUGUCGGCUCUUCUAUCAGCUAGGAUGGGUGACAGGGACAGGCGGAGGGAUCAGUUUGAGAAGAGGAGAACACAUCUACAUUGCACCUUCAGGGGUUCAGAAAGAGAGAAUACAGCCAGAAGACAUGUUUGUCUGUGAUGUGGAGGAGAGAGAUAUCAGCUGUCCACCCGCCUGGAAGAAAUUGAAGAAGAGCCAAUGCACUCCUCUCUUUAUGAACGCCUAUACAAUGAGAGGGGCACAGGCAGUUAUCCACACCCACUCCAAAGCUGCUGUCAUGGCAACCCUACUGUAUCCUGGCAAGGAGUUCAGAAUAACACACCAGGAGAUGAUCAAGGGGAUACGUAAGGGCACCACAGGCACCAACUAUUGCUAUGAUGACACCCUGGUGGUGCCUAUUAUUGAGAACACCCCAGAAGAGAAGGACUUAAAAGGACGAAUGGUUCAGGCCAUGGAGGAAUACCCUGAUUCAUGCGCCGUCCUCGUUCGGAGACAUGGAGUCUACGUGUGGGGCGAGUCAUGGGAAAAAGCCAAGACCAUGUGUGAAUGCUAUGACUACCUGUUUGACAUCGCUGUCCAGAUGAAGCAGUGUGGACUGGACCCUUCAGCUUUACCAGCAGAAGAGAAAGGAAUAGUUUGACAUUCACUGGUACCUUUUUAAGGAGACAUUUGUUCAAAGAAGGUCAGUGAAGUUCAAUCAUGGAGCAGAUUUUAAUCAUUUUCCUUUCACGCCAGCCCUCCACAAUUUUGAUGGUGAUUGCCGAUUCAGAGUUGAAGCUUGUGAUCCGGAAGGACCUGGAGGGGUAUGGUCCUGAGCACUGUGGGGAAAAUCACUGUCUUUAGUGUGAAUAUACUGUUACAUUUCAGUUGAUCUGCAAUGAUGAUUACUUGCAUUUACCUAAAUGAAUAAUGUACUUUUUCACAAGCAGAAUAAAUUAGUCCUUGCCUUUUUCCAAAUGCAAAUCCAAAUGUACAGUAGAAAUAACAAAAACAAAAAACAAAAAACACAUGUUAUUAAAUCCACUGAGGAACUAAUGGGUGUACUGUAUAUCAAAUUGUGUUAAUUUAAUGGCCCAAUUUACUGGAGUACAGAUCAACAAAAGUGCAUGAAGCACAACACGAUCUCACUUGUAGGUAAGUAGCUCUUGUGCAGGCCUCAGCCACAGCAAGUAUACCCUUGGCACAGCAUGCCUCUAAUGCUUACUAUAACUAGAGUGAGCUCCUUCUACUGCCCCGAUCCCAUUUCCUCCACCACUGUAUCUGCUCCAAACAGACUGGAGCCAAAUAUGUCACUGGCUUAUUUAAAUUUAAAUUGGGAGAAUCCUGAAAUGUUCCCUUUUACUGGUGAGGAAUUCUCACAAAGUAAUUUGCAAAAUAAAUGUAACAGUUGCACAUGAAUUGAAAUGACAUUGUGAGGCCCACAAUGUCACACAAUCGAAUGUCACGAAAAGGCAAAAACGACGGGUUGUCACAGUUCCGUUUACUUUGAUGCUUUGGUGCUGGUGGGUGACUUGCUGAGGAUUUAUCAUUAAAAAGCACAUGACGUUUUAGAAGAAAAGAAACAAUCCCUCAAGCGUGCAGAUAUUACAAAGUCAGGCGUCCCCGGCACUGAUUAUGUGCAUUUUAAAUUUUAAUAUUAACACAUCAGUUGACAUUCUUAUUUACUUCUUUACUUAACAACUCACACAUUACAACCAGUGCAAUAUAAUGUUACAACUGCAGAACUUGAGAGCAAUAUGUGGGUUACCACAAGUCUAUCCACAACUGUACUAUAAUUGAAAAGGGAUUUGGGACAUUUUUGUGCAAGUAAUUUGUUCAGCAAUCAUCAGUUCAUGACUUCAUAUGGGUCACUGAUCAUGUAGUGGUUAAGUCGCCUGUGCAGGGUGGGUUGGUGAAUUAGGGAUGUCCGAAUCAACAUUUUUUGGCUUCCGAUCCGAUUUUUUUUUUAUAGUCUUGCUGAUCCGAUUCGAUCGUUUGCCUUUUUUUUUAAAUAAUAAACUUUGUAACAAACGUGAAUUUGUGGAAUUCAAUAUGGUUAUGAAAAUAGCUCUUCAAAGCAUUAGAAAUAAUGCAACGAAAGUAGUGCUGAAUUUACUUUUUUUAUUACACAGCAUGACCAACAAUAUUGUUUGGCUUUUGUAACAAACCUCUGUGAGUCAGGUCCCCUAUCCAUUAAAAAAAGCCAAUAAAAGUCCAUCCGAUGAAAGAUAAAAUUGGGGAAAAAAAUGGGCGUCCAAAAUAGUUUUAGGGUUGGACUAAUCAUAUGACAUGGUUAUAGCAAGUUGUGGUGUGAUUUAGAAUAUAUCGCAUUUUUCAACAAACUCUCUUCAAUGCACUAGUAAUUAUUGAUGGUCCUUAGUAUAAACAUCCAGCGGCUAAAGCAGCACUUCCAGUUUGACUCAGAGUUAUGAAUGUCAUACGGAUCUCAUGACGGAAGCAGAUUUGAUCUGAUCUCAAAAUACAGCGGACCGGCAGCCGAUGCCGAUCCUGAAGAUCGGAUCGGUACAUCCUUAGUACAAGUAUGAAUGAUUGUCUGUGUUGUAUAUGUGCCCUGUGAUUGACUGGCAACAACUCCAGGGUGUCCACCUUUAGCUAGCUGGGAUAGGCUCUAUCUCUGUGGCCCUCAACAGGAUAAGCAGGAGUAAAAAGAUGGAUGGAUUUGGACAAAUGCAAUCUCUCUAAAUUGUUAUGAGAACAGGCUUCUCGAUCAAUGGUUGAUCUGGUUUGUGUGAUGGAAGGACCCAAAGGUGAAACAAACAGAAGACUGGCCAUUAGCCUGGAUAUGGAUACAUAAUCACUUAAUUGUGAGGGCAUUGCCACCUUCUCAUUUCAAGCAAUAAAUAUACAACUCACUUGGCUUUUGGGUGAAAUUUCAGUAUGAACCGAAAAUGCACUGUAACCUUUACAGGUGAACUCCCUCUGAGAACAUCCUGUUUGAAGCCUUGCAAUAGUGAGGUUAGGUGUUGUCUUGGUCUUGUGAUGUCAAAAUGUGAACAUCAUGAUGAAGAAUACAAUUUAUAUAUAAUACCAGGACCAGGAUAUGUAUUGGUGGACAGAUCACACACUUGUGAAUUUUGACGUUCAACUCUCGCAGGCAUUAGGCCUGGGACGAUAAAAAAUACGUUAAUUAAUCACACAAUAAAUGACAAUCAACUGGAUAAUUUUGCCAGCCUCAGUGUAUUGCCAUAUGCAUGGCUGUCAAGCAGGCAGGAAGAGGAUUCAGUCUGUGCAUUGGUUUCAGCAUCUUGGCAUAUUUGUUCCAUAGAACAACUGCAUGAACGGAGUGAGCCCUUUUGUCAGUCAUACAGUCUCUUUGUCUCGAUGGGUGGGGGUGGGCCUGGUAGCAUACCCACAUUGCAGAAGAGUGCAGCCUCGUGAGGAGCAAUUCAUUGGUAAGCAGUCCUUGAUUGUGCCAUAGUUGUGUGCUGUAACUGGCCACACCGUGACUCUGAUUCCAUCACUUCAUUGAUUAUCUUUCAUUAUCAUUCAUUAGCAGUGAGAUGAGACAAUGCACGAGAUUUGGUCCACGAGCUUGAUAUGAGAUUUUAACAUUAAUUUUUAAGAAAAAUACAAUGGAAAAAAUAUGACUGGACAAACUAGCAUUUUUAUUUUUUUUUAAUUUAUUUUACUGCUGUCCUUUGAUUUAAAAAAAAAAAAAAAGUUAUAUAUACACAAAACACAUCCCAGAUCUGAAUUAAUGAAAUAUUCUUAUAAAAUAUUUAAAAUAUUUCUAGUAGUUCUUUACAUAGUUGAAUUAUUAUUAUUAUUAUUUAUUAUUAUUAUCAUUAUUAUUAUUAUUAUUAUUAUUAUUAUUAUUAUUGGAGGUUUCUGUCCACCUGUUGUCUAGUCCAACACAAGAGUAUGUGAAAUUGUCAAUCUGUGUUGCUUCCUAAGUGGACAGCUUGAUUUCACAGAAGUGUGAUUGACAUUGUGAUUAAGUGUUCUCUUGAUUUUUUGAGCUAUUUAUCUAUCUAUGUAUACAGUUGAUAUAUAGAUAUAGAUUUUUUUUUUUGCCUUUUUGCUCUAUUUUUCCACACUUGCUGAGUUUUUGUUAAUUGUAUUAAUUAUUAACAGAGUGACAACAUGAAAAUAUAGACCAGUCGGCUUGUGUUUGUAUCUCCGAAUGUUCGCUGGUCGGAUGUUCGUAAGUUGGGGACUUAGUGUAUAAGGUAUAUUAUGAAAUGGAGUUGGUCGCCACAGUACCAUUAUUACUGAAGCAAGACACCCACUUAAACCUUCAUCUUCCAAUACAUCAUCAUCAAUGUAUUUCAUUUCAUUUCUGCUACUAACUUGGAGCAUUAACAGGGCAUCAGCCGUUCAUUUCCGAUGGAGGAAAAUAAUAGCCACACAUCCCUCGACGCUGACGCUGGGAACACCAAGGUAGGUUGGAUUGUAAGGUUAAUAGUGUGCAAAAAACACUUAAUGUGCAAUUUCAAUAAAGCCUUGCGCGCUGUCACUUGCAUAUUACUGUAUUAUCAUUCAUGCAAUAGGAGCGAUGCCAUAGUUGACAGUCUGAUUGGCUCCUGGCUUCCCUGUUCUCCAAACGAGAAAUCUUGUCACAUUUUAAUCUCAUGAGAUCUUGAGAGAUCCCUAUUUAUUAGCAAUGAGUAUCUAUACAUUUUAUACAUUAAAAUGUGUUUAAUAAGUGUGUGAGGCAUAUCUAGGGCUUAAACCUGGAUUGUGUCGUGACUGAACUAUAGUAAUUGAAGAGUGAAGGGGAGGGUUCUGAGGCUGAAUGUAAAUGAUUGCAAAUGUUGAUCGAAAAUGGGAAUGUAAAUGUCAAGCUAGUAGGAGGAUUUUGUGGGUGUAUGAAGUACUCGUUCACGUGUGGUCCCGGAACGUGACCCCUUUGAGAAGCGAGGAUCUACGAUAUCCCUAAUUCUUUGUGAGUAGUGUAUAUUGCAGUAUAAUCAUAGAACAUUGGGGUCACUAUUGAAAAAAAGGAGAUAAAACCAAAAGUUUGUUAGUUAAAUCAUGAGUCAACAAACUUAUUUCUUUCUUUUCUCAAGCAAACAAAAAGAUGCUUCUAAGCCUUCAAUGACACAAUCUUAAAUUCCUUUCUUCAUGUUUGCACUCCAUUUGAACUCCCUCAAAAAGCCCAUUUGUGUCCUGUUUCUUAAAAAUUGUUUUUAAUACUUUAUCACUACACCCACUGUAUGGGAGGAUGUGCGUGCAUGUGUGUGAUGUUGGUGAUGGUGGUGCUUAUCAGUUGGUAGUUGUACAUAACGUGACCAAUACAGAAAUUUUUAUUUUUCCAAAGUGUUUUCAAUUAGGUAAGGGAUGCACAACAAGUGCUGUAGUGGCACCACUGCAACCCAUAAAUUACUCUUCUAGUCGCAUUAAUGUGUUUGCCGCUGACGUCUCAGGAGAAAAGGAACACUCAUUGCUGCAUCAUGUUUUCGGAGGUAUUGAUUCAGCUGUGCUGAUAAUUCUAGGUUGAGUAGGUUGAGAUGAUCCUACUGGUGAUGUAAAUUCAAAGGGACAAAAGCUUUGUGUGAAAGUUCUUGUAAAAUUUUACAAUUACAAAACAGAGCAGUCAGUUGAAUUAAAAGCAGCUUUGUUAAACCUGGGGCCAAAGUAUAAACAAUACAUAAACAAAUGCACUUACUGUAUUUCCCGGGCCUUCUCCACCAUGAUUACUUUGUAUACAGUAAACCUCCCAGAUACAGUAAAGAGUUCCAGUCACAUGACCAUGAUGGCUUUUUUCUGAUGAUUAACAGACUCCCAGUGACAAGCACCCAAUACUGCAUUUUUAAGAUACUACAUACAGUAUACUGUAAAGUAAUAGUAUACUAUACUAUAGCAAUAAUAGAGUAAUACCUCUAUAGAGUGACCUCUAAUUUACACAGCAUAUUGUAUAUGAAUAGAGAAGGCUUUGGCAGCCGCUUCUUUACAAACCAAACCAAAACGACUCUGCGUUGGUACAUGAUGGUCGCGGCCGACUUGCCAGGUCAAAUUUACAGGGCUUCUGUAUGGUGCACACUGCUGCCACAGGUCUGUAUCUGCACUCUGAGAAGAUGUAUCAUUUGCUUCCAUUUGCGCUUGUCCUCUGCAAAGCAGUAAUAGUUUUAUGUCUGCCAACUUCCAAUGUGAAUCAGGCUCUUAUGCAUGCUUAUCACACUAGCUGCAGCACUUUGCUCAAGGCCUUCUUCCUUUAAUCCUUUCACCCAGACCAUACUUUGUUUUCUUGCCUGCUCUGACUUUGCUGAUAGAAAUGUUAAAAAAAAAAAAAAAAGGAGAAAGAAGCUCUAUCAACACAUUCCUGGAAAAACCCGCAUUCAAUUAUUUUUCACUAAACUUAUGAAAUGUAUGCAGUUUGUAGUCAGUUUUGAAAACAAACAAGCACUCUAGUUUCAAACUGAAUUCAUAAGACCAAGUUUGUUUGUGUGAAGGUUUUGCACAAAGGUACUAAAAAGGUUUUUCAUACCUCUUCCGCAUUGCUGUCAAUUAGGCCCAGCAAUUAAAAUACUUCCUAUGUCCUAAUACCACAAACUGUUCUGUAUAAUUAUAUCAAUAAAACAUGUCAUUUGCACAUGUAUUGUUACUGUACCGGUUUUUAGUAUCAGUUUUUCACAAACUGCGCAAACACACACACACACACACACACACACACAAAGCUGCGCUAGCUAAACUAAGCGAACCCCGCUAGCUUCCAUUCACGCUCCGUAACAGAUGAGUUGUCAAGGUUUUUCGCCGCUGUUUCGACAUGUUUUGGAGUGUUUGUGCGGUCCCUAUUUCAGUAAAAUAGCUCCCUAGACCAUGACACAGCAGUCCAGGGACAGUGAGAGGGAAUUAACACUGUAGCUAUACGGAGCCGAACAUCCAACGUCCAACGUGAAACUAACUUCACCACAGGACACGUCUGCAUGGUGGUGUUGCUUUUUCUUGUUGUGGGUGGCGCAAGUCGAGUGGCAACCAACUUUGAGGAGCAUUACUGCAUCUACCAUGUUGGAGUGUGGCUCAGAGUUACGAACGUGAUACGGAAACCGGAUCGGCCCGAUCUCGUGGCGGAAGUUGAUAUUAUCCGAUCUUCACAAACACAGCGGAUCGGCAGCCGAUCCCGAUCCUGAAGAUCGGAUAAGGACAUCCCUAUAAUGUCCUGUUCAUUCAGGGGGGUAAACUUAAAAAUCAGCAGAGGAUCAAAUAUUUCCGUUCCCUACUCUGUAUAUACAGUCCUGGAGGAGGGGCACAAACGCGACUGUCUGGUGGCCGGUGGGGCCGGUGAGUUUUCUCCGUAGGGUGGCUGGGCUCUCCCUUAGAGAUAAGGUGAGAAGCACUGUCAUCCGGGAGAGACUCGGAGUAGAACCGCUACUCCUCCGCAUUGAGAGGAGCCAGAUGAGGUGGCUUGGGCAUCUGGUCAGGAUGCCUCCUGGACACCGGUGUUCAGGGCAAGUCCGACUGGUAGAAGGCCUCGGGGAAGACCCGCGACACGUUGGAGAGACUAUGUCUCCAUACUGGGCUGGGAAUGCCUUGGGACCCGCCGGGAGGAGCUGGACGAAGUGGCUGGGGAGAGGAAAAUCUGGGCCUCUCAGCUUAGGCUGCUGCCCCCGCGACCUGAUCUCGGAUAAUCGGUAGAAGAUGGAUGGAUGGAUGGAUAUACAGUAUAUAUUUUUUAAAUCUCAAGUAUCCCUUCAUUCCCUUGUCUUUUCCUAAUCACGGUAUAAAGGCCCCCACAAGUGAUUCAAUUCAAAUAUGUUAAGAUAAAUUAGGCUGUCAAAGUUAACGCGUUAAUAACGUAUUAACGGGAGUUUCCUUUAACGGCACUGUUUUUUUGACGAGUGAUUAAUGUGCACACGUCCUGUUUGAUCCUCAGGCCACACCGCAGUUUGAGAAAGCACCGGUGAUUAUAGCCACAAGCAAACAAAUAUUGAGCAGAAAUGGAAAAAGAAAAAGGUAUUUUGAUGGGUAAAUUCAGCUUCAAAGCCCUGGCAGAUGGCUCUUGUAACAAGACUACUGUCGCUGUGAUUUGAGUUAUCACGGAUUACGUCGCCUGCCAGAGACUGGAGCAGUGCAGGCAUUGUUUUUAUUGUCAUAUACAGUGGUACCUUGAUAGGUGCUGCUAGGUGUCCCACCUAGCGAGUGUUUUUUUAGAUGCGAGCCGUCGCUCCGCUGAUUUUUGCUUUGAACUGCGAGCUAAAAUUUGGGUUAUGAGCUGCUAUUUACAGGCUAUCAAUGUGACGACCGUGGCUGAAGUCGAGAAUGGCUGUAAACACCAUUAGCAGUGCUAGCAUUACCAGCGAACUAUAGCUAGUCACCAGGAAAGAGUUUUAUCACCUCUGUAAAACAUAGAUACAUUAUAGCAAUCUGACUUAUCUUAUUUAUUAUGUAUUGUGUGAAUCUAUUACAGGAACAACAUCAAAUUAAAAAGGGGACCUAUUAUGCUGUUCCUCUUUUCUGACCUAUAAAUGUUGUUACAAUGUUGUAUCUCGUGUUAAAACGAUGCCAACGUGUCAGAUAAUGAGGUUUGCGCAUUUGGAAGUGAGACCUGAAAGCAGUUGUGGACAGCACUGCACGCUGUCUUUUACAGAGUUUGGUUUUCUUUUAACACAGAGUUCCACUGACGUCAACGCAACCCCCAUUUCCUUAUACGGGCAUGCCCAGGCAAACGCUGUAGGCCUGCCCUCCUCCAGCACUGCUUCGCUCUUCUCUGUUCACCGUGUUAGCACGCAUGACUCCAAGGAAAUGUUUGAGUGUGCCUAAAGAGGCAAGCAUCAGGCAGAAGUGGUUGGAGUUGCUGAUUCCCGGCCAGCAAGAGAAAAAUAUUCUCAUCUGUCAACGGCACUUCACACGAAGCUGUUUUGUGAACAUGGGCCAGUACGAAGCUGGACUAUCCACCAAAGUUUUGCUGCAGUCCGACGCCUUUCCAACAUUACUUGGUCGUGUUGAAGAGUCAGAAGAGCAAGCUGUAAGUAACAAUUGAUCAGUGUCCUAAGUGUGUUUGUUUUGUGUAAGUAAUUGGAUAAAAGCAGUUGUCUGUGUAGCAUUAUAGUGUGUGCAUACAGCGAGUGGAGGGAGACCAAUCACAGCGGAGUGGGCUCGGCAGAGGCGUACCUGGAGGAGGGCUGUGGGUGGAGUAAAUUACACAGACCGUUUGAGCGGUAGGCAAGAAACUCAAGGAAACACUGCAGGAAGAGGUACAGAGUCUGGAAGAUUGAGAAAGCUUUUUGCGCACGUUAUCGUGUGAAGCUGCUCUAUAGAAGUACAGAACUCAAUACAAAGGCCCAAAAAUAAGUAUAAUAGGUCCCCUUGAAGA